AUGAUUCAACGCUUUUCUCUUGGGCUAUCUGGUAAACAUAUUUCGAAGCUUAAUCGUAACAAACGGAUGCUUAUGCCUCAAAAUCGACAGACUACAUUACUCAGAAUCCCAGGCACCAAAUCUCUUCGUUGUGAGCCUACCGACAAUAUGUUUGGUCAAGUUCCCAUCGAUAUAAUGCUUGACCUGUCUAAUAUACAAUGGAUUUCUCCAAUGGUUUCACCGCGCUCGCAUUCUGCAAGGUGUUCGCUGAUUGCGUUGGUCAUGAUGCUCGCUUGGGAUGGCGCUACACAGUGCACGUACCAAUUUCACAUCGUGGCGUAA